AUGUCAAAGAUCUGGGACAAUCAUCAGGAGCAGCAGCAGCAGCAGCUUGUGAGAAACGGAAACGUGGAAGAUGUCUUCAAUGUUCUGUUGGAGAAAGUUGUGAACAAGAUUAUCAACGUCAGUAUCGAUGACGAUGAGGAUCUGCCACAUAGUGAUGAAGUGAUUGAGGCCUUGGAGAAAUUUGACAUUGAAGAAUGGGACUGGCGACGGAAGGAUCUGUGCAGCAGUGUGAUCCCCAAAGCGGCGCGAAAUUCUCGAAAGGUCGCUGUUAUUGACGAUGAGAUUGAUAAACCCCGGGAAGAUUUCGAAGAUAGCGUCGUUGAGGGAAUAUCGUGCUUCUCCCCUCGGAAAGAUAACAUCGCUGGUACUCGACAAUACUACUUUUCAACCAAUGGUCAUGGCACCUUAAUGGCAAAGAGGGUUCGACGAUUAUGGCCCAAGGUCAAGCUCUGUAUCGUUCGGUUGGAUCAGGAGAUCAAUGGAGAGCCUACUAUCGAGUCAGCAAUCAAAGCAAUUUCCUGGGCUACGGCUAUCGGUGUGGAUAUCAUCUCAAUGAGCUGGACAUUCCCUGAACUAAAAAAUAUAGAGUCAAGAAGACUAGGCGAGGUAAUUGACGAAGCUCACAAGAAGAAGAUACUCACUCUCGCCUCAGUUAGCGAUCAAGGAUAUAACCGACCUGAUAUGUCGUUUCCAGGCAAGAUACCAGGUGUCUUCCGCAUCGGUGCGGCAAGAGACAGCGGAGUGCCGGAUGACCUUGCCCAAGGGUAUGAAUUUCUCUUCCCUGGAGGGAGCAGUGUGACCAAUGUUCGGCAGCGUGAGAAAGAUAAUACCGGUGCAAACUCCAAGCUUGCACAGGGAAGCUCCUUCGCAACCGCUGUGGCGUCGGGUCUUGCAGCCUUAAUACUCCAUUGUGCGGAACUCUGCGAUCUGGGGGACGAAAAUGGCGACGACCUUCGCCAGUACCAAAAUAUGAAAGAUAUUUUCCACGUCAUGGCAUUGGGCUCCCCGCAAUCAUCGUAUAUACAGGCAGAGAAGUGGUUCCCAACGAGCUUUGAGAACAAGGAUUGGAUGAUGGAGGAUGAGGACCAAGACGAAUUCCGCCGGAGAAUCACCGCGAUUAUCACGUAG